CACUGAACCAGGAAAAUGAAUGAGAGCCUACAUUAGGUGUCACACCCUUCCUCUCCCGUUGGCUUCCGCUAAUUUCCCUUCCUUUCUUUUUCUGUUCCACUCUUCUCCUUCGGGCCCCCUAAGGAACAGGAAACAGUCAAAACUGCAGAAAUGAAGUGUUUGACAAUAUGUCUGAUGGUAUGUUGCAGGGCUUCUUGAAUGUGUUUAAUGAUUAAAAUCAGCUGAAGGAGAAACAAAUGUUUCUCCAGCCUGGUAUGCCAGAAAUUUUUGAGUGGGUGAAUCUCAACAAGAGCAAAACAGCACCACCCAAUGGGAGGUUCUCACAGCCGCAACCAGUGAGUAACACCUCAGUGAGAGGUGUUAACGUGGCAGGAGGAACACCACAUUCUACAUGAUGCGUUGGCAGGAUACAAGAGUGUGUGUUGCUUUGCUAACGGACUCAGUGACUUGCCUCAGGGAAAAAUACACGAGUCUGUGUGUGACAAGCACAACCUUUUUAUAUCUCUGCAGUCAUCAAAUGAGUUUGCGGGAUUUCAGCAGACAAUGUGCAGUUUGCAUUGCUGAUGGGUGUUCUUCAUGAAAAACAGCAAUCAAAGAUGCUACAUUUAGUGUUCACAUGAUUGCAUUAAGAUAUUUAACCCUUCUUCCAUUUCCCACUCGAAUAAUUAUUGACUAGUUAUAUAGAUCUGGGCAAGUUUCAUAAUCUACAAACGUUUUCGGGUACAAGAAGCAAAUAAUUGCAAAUUUGUCACUAAAUGGGAGUUCACUGGGUUUAUGUUUUGCUUGUGUCAGCCAUCAAUAGCUGUUAAUUGAUCCGGUGUUGUUUCCUUUCCUGAUCAAGACUUUGUAUAAUCACAAUGAGCCAAAAUGUGGUCACUUGUAGUGGAUAACCCACGAAGACUUAUCUGUAAUUGAGCAGUUUCAUUCAGUCCUUUAGGGAUGACUGAAACAAAAUGGCUCCAUGUAUUUGAUAUGCAGGGAAAAAGAGCCAAAAUCCACAGACUCCAGAGCAGCCUAAGCCUCUGUGACCAGUGACAGUAUCUUUUUAAUCCCUCAUUACAUAUCUAGUUGCAACGAUAGCGUGUCAUUUACCUGCAAUGUUAAAGUCUUUUACUGUGGUAAGAUUUUGAAGCAGAAGGACAUUCUUAGAAGAGAUUAGACUUCUUCUUCUCUAUCAUAGUAACUUCCACCUCCUGCAAAUACCCUGCUAAGAGGGUUGGUUAUUCAUACAAUGUGUUUAACUACUGAUAUCUUUCUUUGGUCAACAUUUGAUAUCAGUAGUUAGUACUUAGUGAAACUGUGAAGAUCAGUGGUCAUUGACCAGCUUCAUUUUAGCACUCUUUCCCGGAGGAAUGCACACCUUGUUGGAUCAGGGGUGAAGAUAUCCGACUUGCAGCAGUGCAGCUGCAUACAAUACACAUCCACUCUCAUGGGCAGGGAGCAAGGUGGGCAGACAUUGCCUUGGUUAUUGAUUAUUACCCUGGUAAUUGGUUAUUGAUUACCCCCAGCCCUCUGCUGUGAGUCUGAAGGGACACAGAGGAUUGUACUCUACGAACAUCAUUUUCUUCAGUCCUGCUUUCUGCCAAAUCUCAUUUUAGUAUGGAUGAUUUAGCCACAAAAAACGCGUGUAGAGGAGUAAAUGGACAGUCCAAAACAGAUGAAUCACCUUCUCCUGCUGCUCGCAGUGUUGACUCAUGCUGCGGAUCCUGCCUGAAACGCAUCAAGCUCUGGGUACCUGUGGAAUACAAGGGUGAAGCAGUCCAGGUUUUUAAACUGACGGGACCCGUGCUCAUUUCACAGUUGAUGAGUUUCCUGAUCGGCUUCGUCAGCAUGGUGUUCUGUGGUCACCUGGGGAAAACAGAGCUGGCAGGCGUGGCCUUAGCAAUAGCGGUAAUAAAUGUCACAGGCAUUUCCAUUGGCUGUGGUUUGGCAUCAGCAUGUGAUACCCUCAUAUCUCAGAUUUACGGGAGUGGUAACCUAAAGCAUGUGGGAGUGAUUGCACAAAGGGGAGUUUUGAUUCUGCUCUUAGCCUGUUUCCCCUGCUGGGCUUUACUUAUUAACACUCAGCCCAUUCUGCUGGCGAUCAGGCAGAGCACUGAGGUCGCCAGACUCUCCCAGCUGUAUGUGAAGAUCUUUAUGCCAGCUCUGCCAGCUGCCUUCAUGUACCAGCUGCAGGGGAGGUAUCUUCAGAAUCAGGGCAUCAUGUGGCCCCAGGUGAUAAGUGGCACCGUGGGGAAUGUUUUAAAUGCACUCAUCAAUUACAUCUUCCUCUACGUUCUGGAUCUAGGGGUCAUUGGAUCUGCAGCUGCCAACGCCAUCUCACAAUAUUGCUUGGCUCUGUUCUUGUUUGGGUACAUCUGCGUCAGAGGGCUGCACAAAGCUACAUGGAAUGGUUGGUCAAGAGACUGCCUGCAGGAAUGGGGUCCUUUCCUCCGCCUGGCUCUCCCAAGCAUGCUGAUGUAUUGUCUGGAGUGGUGGCUGUAUGAGAUUGCAGGCUUCCUGGCAGGCAUCAUCAGCGAAACUGAGUUGGGGGCUCAGUCUGUAGUUUAUCAACUGGCUGCCAUCGCUUACAUGUUUCCUUUGGCUUUCUCUGUUGCUGCGAGUGUUCGGGUUGGAAAUGCUCUUGGUGCUGGGAACAUAGAGCAGGCCAAGCUGUCCAGCAAGGUCUCCCUGAUCUGUGCAAUUGUUGUUGCAUGUUUCCUUGGAGCCUGUCUGGGUGCAGCUAACAAUGUGAUUGGUUACAUUUUCACCAACGAGAAAUAAGUACAACCUAGAGUGGCAGAUGUUAUAAAGAUGUACAGUUUCAUCCAUGUUGCUGAUGCCUUUUCGGGGGUAACAGGAGGCAUUGUCAGGGGGGCAGGGAAGCCAGUGGUUGGUGCUGUAUGUAGCUUGGUGGGAUACUACUUCAUUGGGUUCCCCAUUGGAGUGUCUUUGAUGUUUCCCCUACAAAUGGGUAUCAUAGGCCUUUGGACGGGGUUUUUAAUUUGUGGUUUGGUAAUGUCUGCAUUUUUAACAGUUUUUCUUUGGAAACUCAGCUGGGACAAAGCCAAGGAGGAGGCGCUGGUAAGAGCUGGAGUCCAUAUUACAGUGAAGAAAUGUUCUGCUCUAGACUCUGAUGAGAAACAGGUCAGCGUAAGGACCAGUCGAUCACAUUCUCUGAGUCCAGCAGAGGAGAUGCUUGAAGUGCUCGAAUCAGGUCAGCAGGCGUCAGCUGGAGAGGCUUUGUCAGUCAGGCAGCUGGUGGUUCGACGUGGCUUCUCUGUGCUGCUCAUGUUCGUCAUCCUUGCCGCUGGAGUCGUCAUCAGUGAGCUGCUCGUCAGGCUGCUCGAAUUAGAUGGGACACCAUAAUUAGAAUUGUACGUGUGUUUGCAGCGUGAAAAAAAAAAACAACUUUGAGAGGCUGAGAGUAGAGGCGCAUCUUCAAAGCGUCUCGUAAAGCAGGAAGAUGUUAACCACAGCUUAUUCUUAACCAUAUCUGCACCCGCGAGGAUGGCAGAGAAGAAGCAGCUUUUCAAAUACUACCACAUUUCAACUGAUUUAUAAGCAAAAAAUCCCUCUUAGAGCCAUUUUUAGUGCACUUAUGACCAAAGACUUAAAAUAGCUGCAUUGGAUUGACUAGUAAUUACUGACCAUUCUAAAAGUCCAACAUACUUGAUAGAAGUUAAUUGGAUAAUAACUGGAUUUUCUGACAUUACUGCAUCAGGAAAUGUCUUUUAAAGUAACAGAACAUUUUCUGAUAGCAGUUGUCUAUUUCCUAGUCAAACCCAGUCACGCUUGCAGUUGUUGUAAUUUGUCGUAUUAGAUAAAUCUACAAAAAAUAGGACAUUAUUUAGACAACCAAUCAAAAGAUGAACUAUAAAAGUAUGUAUAGGCAUGUCUUCUUUAUAUAGAAACGUGAUGUGUAAGAUGGGCUCCAAUCAAGACACUGAAGAAAUUUAUUUUCACACAAUAUUAUAGUCUGAAUGGAUGCCACAAUUAGAAGUAGCAUGAUUAAAUGUUAUAUUUAGGCUACGGCACAUCGGUGGAUGUGUGCUUUCAUCAUCAAAGACAGAAAGGCUGCUCUUUUUCUUUGGUUUAUUUUUCCUUUGAUCUGUGUUGCCAAAUUCGAUGAUAAUGAAAGGUCUGUACGCUCAUGCUGCAACAUGCUGGCUGGAUGAAGACAUGUCAAACCGAACAAAUCAACCACCUGUUCCCUCUGCAGGAGCAGAUAACUAGCUAGCUCAGCCCUUGCAGUUAAAACCUGCUCAUAAAUACAGAAUUGACUUAGGUUAACAGCAAGCAGUUAAUCAUGGAUGAUUUCCUGUAAUGCAUGAAUAUGAGGUGUUUCUACAUGUACAAUAAAGUAGCAGCUUGGCAUUUUGGGAAAUAAUUGAUACCACUUACAGUAUGUGUGUCUGUAAUAUCUGAGGCCACAGCCUGAAGGCACGUAAAGUGUAGAAACAGUUCACAGUUCAAUUCAGUCAAUUCGUUAUUUAUGUAGCACCAAUUUGCAAUAUCAGCCAUUGUAGGGCAUAAAGACAGCAGCAAGAAUACUCUAUAUUUGCAGAGCAGAAUGUGACUUAACAUACCUUCCUUACUGAACUUAUUUUAUAGUGAGAAACUCAACAAUUUCAGGUUUUCCCUUUAAACAAGCACUUUGUUUGUUGCUUUUUAUUUUUCUGCUUCUAUUAAAUAAUAAACAUGCAUGUGGCUGCUUGA